AUUUUUAUAAUAGAGUUAGUUUCAAAAUUUCUUUGUGAAAAAAAAAAUUUAAAUUGAACGUGUAAGAAAUAGUAGACACAAUGCCAAGGAAGGUGGUCAAAUCUAUACCAAUAGCUGCUUAUGUAGGGCUCGUUGAAAACAUUAAUAGUCUACCGCAAGAUCUUAAGAAAAUCGUUAAUGAAGUGGAAAGUGGAAAGCGAAUAAUUGUUGACAACGACGGGGAUUAUAUACAAAUUCCAAACUGCGGAAAGAGAUCUGCACAAAAAAAAGUUAUCGAGCAGGAGCAGCCACUACAGGAACCACCAACACCAACCCCAUUGAAUAAAUUGCCUGUUUUAUGUUCCGUACUGCUAACUUGCAUCGUUAUAGUAAUUAUUUUGUAUCUCUACUGAAACGAUAUUAAGUUGGAUCUUCAGAAGCGUCUAUUCUUGAUGGGUUAUAAGAAAAUCGUUUUCACACA